CUUCCGGGGCAGCGCCGGGGCCGCUCUGCGCCGGCCUCGCUGGUCACGGUCCGCCCGGAGCCGCGGGGGCCGCGCCGAGCGCCGAGGUCAUGUCUGAGGAAGACAGUGGUGAAAAUCUGAAAGAAGAAACCUCUUAUGAAGGUGAAAAUGAACAGAAGACAGAGAAACUUGGCUGCUCUGAAAGCAGCGAAGGGAAAGAACAGGAGACUGUGCCUGUGACUCGGAAAAGACCUGAACCCAAGCCCCCAAGCCAGCCUGCUGCCACAGAAAAGCCUGCAGCUGAAACYGUCAAGGUCUCAGAUCCUCCUGCAGUUCAGACAGGGUGGGGCUACUGGGGGAGCUGGGGGAAAUCUCUUCUGUCAACUGCGUCUGCUACCGUAGCUACUGUAGGUCAAGGUAUUUCAAAUGUCAUAGAAAAAGCAGAAACAACUCUUGGGAUCCCRAGUCCUAGUGAAAUCUCAUCAGAGUCUAAAGAUUCUACAGGAGGAAGUGAGAAUCCUGCUGCCAGCAACGCAGAUGCAGCUGAUGAUGGCAGCUCCUUCCCUAUUGCUGGUGCUCUUGAAGUUUUAUCAACCAUCUCUACUGCAGUCCAAAGCACAGGGAAAAGUGUUAUUAGUGGAGGUCUGGAUGCCUUGGAAUUCAUUGGGAAAAAGACAAUGGAUGUAAUAGCUGAGGGAGACCCUGGAUUCAAAAAAACAAAGGGCCUAAUGAACAGWACCUCCACGUUAUCUCAGGUCUUACGAGAGGCAAAGGAGAAAGAAGAGCAGCAGACAGCUACCGAGGUUACCAUGGCUACUGAGAAGAAAGCCCAUUAUGGGUUACUGUUUGAUGAGUUUCAGGGUCUUUCGCAUCUGGAGGCCUUAGAGAUGCUUUCCAKAGAGAGUGAAUCAAAGGUGAAAGCGGUUCUGAAUGCCCUCUCUGGAGAGGAGUUGGACACACUGAAGGAGGAAAUGGAGCAACUCAAAGAAGCAUUUUCUUUACCUGAAUUCUUUGAAGAAGAAGAGGARGAAAARAAGGGAGACGAGGAAUUCACAAAAGAAGUAACAGAGUUGUUUUCAGAAUUGCACAUAUCCUCCAAGCCAGACAAAGUGAUCUCGGUGAGGACCUCUGCUCAUGAGUGGGUAGCGCAAUUCAACAGCAGUCUUCCUAAAGAAGAAAAAGAAAGUGAAGAAAACCARGAAGUAGGAUCCAGAGAUGGUGACCAGGAUGCUAAGAAAUCAGUAGAGGAUAUUCAUGCGUUUGCCAUAAGAAGCCUGGCAGAACUGACAGCCUGCUCCAUUGAAAUGUUUCACAAAACUGCAGCUUUGUUUCUCUAUGGUCAGAAACAGGAGGUGACAGCCACAGACAGAGCCAAGUCCCUUUCACAACUGACGAUCAUGCUUUGUAAAGAGCUGUCAGCUUUCUCUAAAGAGUUCACAACRUGCUUAACGACUGCAGGGGUCAAAGAGAAAGCAGAUGUGCUUAAUCCCUUAAUCACUGGAGUGUUUUUGGAGGCUUCAAACAGUGCUUCCUAUAUCCAAGAUGCCUUCCAGCUCUUGCUGCCUGUACUGCAGAUCUCUCUUAUUGAGGCUAGAACGGAACUAUCACACAGGGUCCUGACCUUACCACAUUCCCAGACUGAAUCCCCAGUGCUCUCCCUGCUCCCAGGGCAGGUCCCCAUGGAUGUCUGCAGCCUCCAGAGCUGCCCUGACUUGCUUGCAAAAGGUCCUUCUGCUCCUGCCUGUGCUGGAGGCAAUGCCUCUUGCGGGUACCAAUGGGACUGGUCAUGUUUCCGGUGUCAUGUGCUGGCCAUGACGGAUGGCAGAGCCAGUUUUUCUGCUCCAAAAGUGGGACUGGGGAGGAGACCGCAACACUCAAAUACCCGGAGCCCUGGGAGCUGCCAGCCAGCCAUCRAGGAGAUCACUUCUUUUUCAGCUCCAGGUGUGACCGUGUCGUGCCCCAGAGCUCUUUGGCUUCGGUGAAAUGUCGACAAUCCUGAAAUGGUUUGGACGGGAGGAUAAGGAGAAGGACAAGAAAGAGGAGAAGGAAGAAGAGAAGGAAAAGGCUGAGGGAGAAAAAGAGAAGGAGAAGCAGAAGAGGAGGAAGAAGGAAGAGGAAAAGCAGGAACAAGGGGAAGAGGACAGGAGCAGCAGCAGCUCUGACAGCGACCUGGAGGAGGACCAGGGCAUUGCCAAGGAUGAUGAGAAGGAGGACAAGGAUUAGCCUUUCGGUGCUGGAGCUGCAGCACAUGCCCUGGCCACGCCGAGGAGGUGGAGGUGUCAACAGCAGCAUGUGCUGGAGGGCGACUGGGCCACUCUUAGCCAAAUAAAGAUGUUGUGGUCUCCAAAGAGAAA